AAAGAUGAAGUAAAAUAUCAUCUGCAUAGGCGAAUACUUGAGCUAUUUGAUGUUAGUCCAAAAACAGCCCAAACUUUCCCACACUGAUUCCUGUCUCCGUCUCCUCUGGCAGUCCGUUGGCUGCAGUGCGCGUCUGUUUGGAGGUCUGUGACAUGAAAUUGUUUGGGAAGCCCUGCACCGAGCCACCAUGUGGGCGUGUUUCUCUCGGCCCAACAGUCUCCGCUCUUGUGUAGAGUCCAGAGCGAAAAACGCACUUCUUCUGGUGCGACCGGAGAGCGUAAAAGUAGCAGCUCUCCGACCCUGACGCGCACACCAUCUCCGGCUCCGGCGGUCCCCCCCCCUCCCCUCCGAAUCCAGCUUCACUGAGCGGGGAACAAUAAAAGAGUUUCUCAACAUCUCCCGGUGACUCUUCCAGCCAUGGACGCAUCUCGAGUCGUUACGAUAUAUCUGGGCCUCCUCCUUGUUUUUCUUGGGAAUAUACCGUGUUUCCAGUCUGCUGCUAUCAUCUCUCCCUCUGCGCCGAGGAGGAACAGGGGAGUCAGGAUCCCUCAUCAGGACGGACAAAGGUCAUCCAAAUUCCUAAAAGACAUCUUUGCGUCUUCGCAGCCUGUCGUGGGACAUCACAAAGAAGACUUAAAGGACGCUAUUGUUCCACAUGAAUACAUGCUCUCUAUAUACAGGACAUACUCGGCUGCAGAGAAGCUCGGACUAAACGCGAGUUUUUUCCGCUCCUCUAAAUCUGCCAACACCAUAACAAGUUUUGUGGACAGAGGAACAGACGAUCUUUUGCACUCUCCUCUGCGAAGACAAAAGUAUCUGUUUGAUGUCUCAACCCUUUCAGAAAAAGAGGAGCUGGUCGGGGCGGAAUUAAGGAUAUUUAGGAGAGCGCCCGGGGAUCUGCAGACUUCCCUGCAGACGACGGGCCUCUACGACAUCCAGCUCUACCCCUGCCGCUCCGACAGACUGCUGCACUCCAGGUCUCUGGACCCGCUGGACUCCACCAAAGCCGGCUGGGAGGUUCUGGACGUGUGGGAAAUGUUUAAAGCGCACCGUCAUCACCACCCUCAUCAUCACCAUCACUACCAGCAGGGGAACCAGAUCUGCUUCCAGCUCAGGGUCACUCUCGGUAAAUCAGACAUCGAGGUAGACCUGAGGCAGCUCGGACUGGACAGGAGCGGCCGGUCCCAGCAGGAGAAGGCCAUUCUGGUGGCCUACACCCGCUCCAAGAAGAGGGAGAACCUGUUCAACGAGAUGAAGGAGAAGAUCAAGUCGCGGAGGUCGGUCGGUGAGAAGGAGGAGGCGGCGGCGGUGGGGAAGGCGGUGGCAGAGGAGGAGGGGGUGUUGCCCCUGAGAGGGGGCAAAGGAGAGGGCCCACGGCGGCGGCGGAGGACCGUGCUGAGCAACCGGCACGGGAAGAGGCACGGGAAGAAAUCCAAAUCCAGGUGCAGCAAAAAGGCGCUGCAUGUGAAUUUCAAAGAGCUGGGCUGGGACGACUGGAUCAUCGCGCCCCAGGAUUACCAGGCGUACCACUGCGAGGGGGUGUGCGACUUCCCCCUCAGGUCGCACCUAGAGCCGACCAACCACGCCAUCAUACAGACACUCAUGAACUCCAUGGACCCCAACAGCACCCCACCCAGCUGCUGCGUCCCCACCAAACUCAGCCCCAUCAGCAUCCUGUACACAGACUCGGGCAACAACGUGGUGUACAAACAGUACGAGGACAUGGUGGUGGAGCAGUGUGGGUGCAGGUAGCGGACAUUAUUUGUUAGGAGAGAGAAAAAAACUAUAAAAGACAAGAACAUUUUAAAGACAAGUCUUUAUGGGUCCCAAGCUGAAGAUAUAAAGUCCUCACGGGUCUGAAAUGCUUUUACGCAUGACGCGCCUCGUCUUUAUCUAAAAGGGAUGCACUCAUGAGGCGAUAUCUUCUAUUUAUUCAGUCUCAGUACAGUCACAUUAAUUUAAAUUCUCUGCCUUGAAGUGUUAAGCACAUUAAUUCGCAUCCAUGCAACAAGUUUUCACUCAUCCAACAGGCUUUUUGUUUUUGUUUCCCAUGAGAGUGAGACGUGUCCAUGCGGCACAAAGGAAUGAGCGCAUGGUGUGUGUGAUGUGACUGAAGGCGAGAUGGGAACCUACUGAGUUCGACUGCGCACCUGUUCGUGCCGAGGCCAGAGGACAGUGAGCUUUGCCUGUCAGCAGCGCUUUGUUGCUGCUCUGCCGUGUGAUCCUGCCAGCCAGGCCGGACUCUUUUGGGUAUGUGCAUCCAGGCCGUAAUUGCCACUGUCCAGCUGGAGUCAUUACAGGCCCGAGCAAGUGCUUGUUUUCCCAAAAAAAAAAAAAAAGAAAAAAGAAAAAAAAGAAGAAGAAGAAGAGGGUGAAUGUCAAAUCUACCAAACACAGACUGGUCUGAGAAGAGGAGAUAAGAUGGUGGUGGUAAUGCCUUCAAGAGAUUUUUUUUUUUUUUUUUUUUUUUUGCCUUAUUGGCGACCAGCUGGGGAGAGACGUCGUGCGCGGGACAGAAAGGACACACAAUCAGAUUUGUGCCUAACGAGGGCCCUGUUUCAUAAAAAGGAAAAAGAAAGAAAGAAAGCACACAUAACUGAGGCGAACUUUCUUUUUUUUUUUUUUUUUGCUCAAAAGUCAGCAUCUUUACGAAAUGCACUUCCACAACUGACUGCGCCAAGGACAUGUGGUCAGCGAGAGUUUGUCUUCUCUGAUGACGAAAAUAUAAAAAUAAAAAAAAGACUCGCAAACGAGACGAUAUUUAAAUGCA